AUGACUCGGCGGUAUAGACGUCUGGAAGACGCUAUCGAAGCUCGUGUGCACACUGGACUUCUCGAAGCAGACCAACACAUAAAGGAUGCAGCUGCGAAGGAGGCGCAGUGUUACAUCAACGUUCUCACUAUGCUAGAGAAACAGGGUCUUACGUGGGGUGGCUUCAUCCAGUGGAUCUCCGGUGCAAAUGGCCAUGGAAAAGCUCGCUGGGAUGGUUUCUUCUCUUGCCCAAACGAUGUCGUCAAUGUCCUGGACCUGUGGGUGAAUCAGUCAUCCGACAUUGGGAGAAGAACGGUAGAAGAAUGGGCCUUGGGCGUGGUCGCGCAAGUCGUUGAAGCAGAGGCUAAGGUAACAACGGAGAGCAACUUACUGCAGACCAGAACCCAGCCGUUCACGAACGAGCGCAUUCUCUCCUUCGACCUUACAAGUCUCCACAACCGCAUCUUCGGCAUGUGCCCGGCGAUGACCUCCCUCCUCACUCGCUUUGCGGAAACCCCUCGGCAGCACCAGACCGUAACGGCACGGAGUGAGGCUAGUCUGGACAACAACAAGGAUGACCCAUUAGUGAUCCGUAAGAAACGACGAAUCGGGACAGUUCUCGUUGAUCUGUUGGGAGAAAGAAGUCAGAAAAAUAGCCUCAUCAAGCACAUCAACGCACUCUACUUCUAUGCCACCGGGACAUCGCGCCAGUCCAUCUCAGUCGCAUCAGCUCUCGGAAUAUGCAGCAGCUACACCACCAUCGUUGGGAGCACAAAGGUACACCGCAGCUUCGACAUGCCACCACCUGGCCUGGAAGAAGACGACGAUAUCACCCUUGCAGAGCUAGUCAACUCCGACGGUGUGGACGAUAUCGACCUCGACGAAGGCACUGUCCCAGACCAAGACGACACGGAGCCGGAGCCGGACGACGACCUCGUAGAACCGCAAGCACCACCACCAUGGCCUGGGUCGACGAUGCGCAGACAAAUUGGGGAGAAUGACUCACAGGAAUCCGGUCCGUCAACAAGACCGCAUGAUACAAUGGAUAUGGAGGACGCGGGCAAUGCAAUGGACACGGAGACGGCCGUGGAUGCCGUGGAUGUAGAAGUGGAGCACCAAGGGGAAUGUGGCAGUCGGCCAGCAGUGAACCGCGAGAAGAAGGGCAAGCCAAGCAGACGAGGAAGACGUGAGAGGCAGGUGAAGCCUGAGACGCCCGCGUCUCUCUGGCGGGGUGCGGGACUGCUCCGACGAAUAGGCUACUCUUGCCGCUUGGCUGCUCGGAAAUUGGCUCACACUUCCCUCGCUGGCUAUGUCUAUGACAACAUCAACGUCGCGUUCAAGGUGUCCGAACAGGUUCUGGGGCAUCAGGACACUCUUGAGAGCGGCACAUGUGCUACCAUCUUCUCGCUGUUUGACGCCUCGCCUGCCGACAUGAAGACUGAAGAUCUUGUUUCCUCAAUCAAGACAGCCAGACCUCUGCAGAUGGGCGACCUUCGCCUCACAACUGACGACCUGAAGCUCUUCGACAAGUCUAUCACUCAUGCUAUAUUACGUGUCAUUGUUCACAGCGACCUCGCAUUCUCCAAAUUCCGUCAACGCACAUCAAUACACCCGCUUCCCACCAUGAACAUCGACGAGUCUAGCGUAACAGGCAAUGCGUCGGUUCUAGACUAUAUUUUCCGCCGCGAGUUGAAGUUCAAUUUCGGCGCAGCCAGGUUCCGCGAAGUCGUACGACUGGUCUUUGGCGACCAGCUCUCCCUCGCCCGCAUCCGCACUCUCAUCAUGCACCGCAUUGGCCACGACACACUUGCGACAUCCCAUGCCAAUCUUGUUCCCGGCCCUGGCCUGUUCCAUUACCAGCUUGCUCUCGUGCACGGUAUACUUGAGACUCAUUUCGGCGAGCCCAACCCUGAGUCUGGUGGAGAAGGUACCCUCAAUCCGGCAAGUAUCUCAUUCUUCAACAGUGUACUCGGGCGCAAACCCAUCUUCCUGUCCUCCCUGCCUCCCUAUCGCACUUGUCGUGACCUCAUCUUCACAUCUCUCACUGCUGCCGUCCUGUCCUGUCUCAAAACACUCAUGAACGUCGACGACCUUGAGCAGCUUGCAUCAGAACUCACGUUCGAAGAGCUCGAAGCCCAUGCAUUGGAGAUCCACCAACGCUUUGACAUCAACACUGUGACCAUCCUGCGCGAGGAGCGCAACGCGCAGGUCGAAGAUCGCCUCGACGAACACAAGCGCGUACUCGAAGCUGCAGGCAAGAGCGACAAGGACGAACUUGAUUCCCCGUUCAAUCCCCUCGUCAAUCUCAACACAGGAGACAUGGUAUAUGAGAACACUGUCUUAUUCCUCCGUGACGCCCUCCUUCUACGCGAGUUCGAUGACGCUAUCAGGGCUGGAUGUUCCGGCCGAAUUCUUCGCACUCUCAAAGUUCUCGCAUUCGCAUAUCGAGGGCUUGGCCGCACAAAGUACGCUCAUGAGGUGCUGCAUCUCGUGCACGGACUCACCACGGUCUGGCCGGAACGUUUACGCGUGAUCGUGCUCAAGAACUGGCUCGUGAACCCAACCGGGAUGGAGAACGCAUGGGUACCAGUUGAUCUGUUGCAGGAGCAUAUGAAUUUGAUGAUCAAGAGUAUCUACAAAGCCCGUGGCAGCAACAUGUCGUGGUCAUGGUUCGAGAUGAUCUCACCAUGCAUCAUCACCCUCCGCCAUCUCGCGACGCAAAUGAAUGCAUUCCUUGGAGACAAAACCGGUAACAAACACGCCUCCCCUGAGGCCUCUCGCGACGUUGCCUCGUUGCGGGAGUCUAUGGAGACACAUCGGAUUUUUGUCGUUGAGAAGGGACGGGUGCUUACUGGGAUGAAGAAGCCCGUGGUACCCAACGCCGUUGACGUUGGAUUCGAAGCAACACCGGGCCCCCUCGAAGAUUACAACAAGACGUUCGAACGGUUCCAGGUCCGCCUCCGCCGAGUGCCACUUCUCGACCUCCUCGCUCGCCGCACAGCAACCCCGGCUGCGUCUGCCUCGGAGGCCGUAGUACUACAGCCUUCGCAAGCAGUCAAUGACGGCCUCGAGGACAACUUUGAAGACGGCCCAUUGGGAGAAUGUGAUGCUGAGGGUCUGACUCCCGGUGAGCUCGAUAGCGCAGCCGCCUUCGCGCAGGAAGAAGUACCGGAUUCAUUAGAGGACGCUCUCGAGUACGACUAG